AUGUCCGGCACGAACCCCGAGAAGCCUCCCAUCCAGCCGGAGCAGCAGCUCUACCCCCCUCCUACCGCCGACGAUACCCAUCAGCAGCAGCAGCAGCCACCUCAGUACACCUCGGGCGCGACGCAGUACAGCCCCGACCAGAAGAGCGAGCUUCCCGGCGGCGACCACGUCGGCCAGGGCCAGCCUCGGUACUUCCCCCCUCCGCCGCCCGGUCCGCCGCCCGCGAACCAGCCGCAGUUCACACACGCUCCCCAACCGCAGCAGCAGCAGCAGCAGCAGCACGCCGAUGCCGCCGCUCCCGGCUACAAUCCCGCCGACCACGGCGCCGGCCACCACUACGCCGCACACUUCGACGGGCCCCCGGGCGGCGCCGCACCGGUCCACACCCAAGGCGGCCCCUACGUCGACCCCGCGGCGGCCCACGCCGCCUACAUCGCCGACCCCCACAAGGAGAAGAAGGGUUGGGGCGAGCGCCUCUCCCAGAUCGGCAUGAAGGCCGCCGUCCCCAUCAACGCCCUUGCCAACAAGAUGGGCUCCCAGAGCUUCCUGCCCACCACCAUGGACAAGGAGUGCGAGAAGGCCGCCAAGAUCCUCAGGAGCUUCUGCAAGGAGGGAAUCACGUCCGACGUGCCCGCGCAGGCGCAGCCCACGACGACCACGACGACGACGACGCCAACCAAGGACAAGGCCCGCAAGGAGCACAAGGCCAUCGUGAAGAUCCCCUCAAAGGUCAUCAACAAGGCCGUCGGCCUCGCCAUCUUCACCACCGCCCGCGCCGGCUUCAACUUCUCCGGCGCCACCGGCUCCGGCGUGCUCGUCUCCCGCCUACCCGACGGCUCCUGGAGCCCGCCCUCGGGCAUCCAGGUCCACGCCCUCGGCGCCGGCUUCAUGAUCGGCAUCGACAUCUACGACUGCGUCUGCGUCAUCAACAGCCGCGAAGCCCUCUAUGUUCGCGGCGUGCUGGACGUCGGCGCCUCCUUCGGCGGGAAGCACGUCGAGGACAAGAAGACGGUGGACGCCGCCGAGCAGGCGGACGCGAAGCCCGCUGCCGCCGCCGCCGACGACGGCAAGCUGAAGCCCGGCGAGAAGCAGAAGCGCAGGAGCAGCAGCUCAUCCAUCAAGCCCGUCUUCUCCUACGUCAAGUCCCGCGGCUUCUACGCCGGCAUCCAGGUCGACGGCACCGUCGUCACCGAGAGAAAGGACGCCAACGCCGCCUUUUACGGCCAAAAGGUCACCGUCGACCAGAUCAUCAAGGGCCAGGUCCCUCCCCAGGGCCCCGCCGGCAUGUGGCCCAUGGGCGCCCAGCCCCUCUUCGACGCCCUUCGCACCGCCGAGCAGCAGAAGCCCCUUCCAGAGGUCCACCUCCCCCAGGCGACGCCCGGCCAGGCCCCUCCUCAGGGUUCUAUCCCUCAGCAGCAGCAGCAGCAGCAACAACAGUACGGCGGAGGCAGACCCGAGGGAACUGGCAUCCCGGCCUAUGGCCAGCCUCAAUACACCCACCCAGAGGGCGGCCCCUUGGGGUCACACCCACCCGGCCAGGGUCCCGCCGCCUCGGGCGCUCUGAAUCGCGAAGAGCAGCUCCCCGGUUACGUCGAGGACGGGGUGGCGCGCCCAGACGUGGGCGACCACAAAACUCAAUACCAGUAG